UAUAAAUAGUGAUGUUUCAUAGCUUUCUCCAUCCUCGUUCUUCGUUCUGAACGGUUGCUGAAGGAGAGUUUGAGCGAGUGGAGGAGGCGAUGGCGACGAUCAAGUGCGUGAAAGCUCGCCAGAUCUUUGACAGCCGUGGGAAUCCCACAGUUGAGGCGGAUGUUUAUCUCUCAGAUGGCUCCAAGGCUAGGGCUGCUGUGCCGAGUGGUGCCUCCACGGGUGUCUAUGAGGCCCUGGAGUUGAGGGAUGGUGGAUCUGAUUACCUCGGCAAAGGAGUCCUCAAGGCUGUUGAAAAUGUAAAUACUAUAAUUGGACCAGCAUUGAUUGGGAAGGACCCUACCCAGCAAACUGAGAUUGAUACUUUCAUGGUGCAACAGCUUGAUGGUACCUCCAACGAGUGGGGUUGGUGCAAGCAGAAGCUUGGUGCAAAUGCUAUUCUAGCUGUGUCACUUGCUUUAUGCAAAGCAGGGGCAAAUGUGAAGAAAAUUCCUCUCUACCAGCACAUUGCAAACCUUGCUGGAAACAAAACCUUAGUGUUGCCUGUACCUGCAUUCAAUGUGAUUAAUGGAGGUUCACAUGCAGGAAACAAGCUGGCCAUGCAGGAAUUUAUGAUCCUUCCUGUUGGUGCUUCAUCGUUUAAGGAAGCAAUGAAAAUGGGUGUAGAAGUUUAUCAUCAUUUAAAGGCUGUCAUUAAGAAAAAGUAUGGGCAAGAUGCAACUAAUGUUGGUGACGAAGGUGGAUUUGCUCCCAAUAUUCAGGAAAACAAGGAAGGACUUGAACUUCUAAAGACAGCCAUAGCAAAAGCUGGAUAUACCGGCAAGGUUGUGAUUGGGAUGGAUGUUGCGGCAUCUGAGUUUUACAGUGAUAAGGAUAAGACUUAUGAUCUUAAUUUCAAAGAGGAGAACAAUGAUGGUUCACAGAAAAUUUCUGGAGAUAGUCUGAAAAAUGUUUACAAGUCCUUUGUAGCUGAUUACCCUAUUGUAUCAAUAGAGGAUCCAUUUGAUCAGGAUGAUUGGACCCACUAUGCAAAGCUGACUGAAGAAAUUGGGCAGGAAGUACAGAUUGUUGGGGAUGAUCUCCUUGUUACCAACCCCACACGUGUUGCCAAGGCAAUUAAGGAAAAGACAUGCAAUGCACUUCUGCUUAAGGUGAAUCAAAUAGGUUCUGUUACUGAAAGUAUUGAAGCCGUAAAGAUGUCCAAACGAGCUGGCUGGGGUGUAAUGACAAGCCACCGAAGUGGUGAGACAGAAGACACAUUCAUUGCAGACCUUGCUGUUGGUUUAGCAACCGGCCAGAUCAAGACUGGAGCCCCAUGCCGUUCAGAACGCCUUGCCAAGUACAACCAGCUCCUUAGGAUUGAGGAGGAGCUGGGAGCUGCAGCCAUUUAUGCUGGAGCCAAGUUCAGAUCACCUGUUGAGCCAUACUAGAUGAUCAGUAGCAGUUCAUCUCACCAGAAGCUGCAUGAUUUUUAGUUUUGUGGCAUUAUCCUAGUGUUCUGGGGUUGACUACUAAAAAUAAUGUUGCCAUAUGUGGUUCAAACUAAAAUGAUGCAAAACCCUCUUUUUGUUUGUUUUAAUCUUAGCAGUGUGUUGGUUGUAUCAACCAGAUCAGCCCUUUUAGAGUCGAACAAUCUAAUGUCUUCGGUUUUUGAUAUCCUAAUCAAUUAUUCUUCGUUGAGAUACCCUGAACUAUUGGAAACCAGAUUGCAUGCAGAGAAUAAUUAGUUCAUGCAUUAAAUGGUUUGUGUUACAAGAUACAGGCAAGGAUCCUUUCAGUAUUGUUUGAAGGACAAAACCAGGAAAAAGUUUCUUGGUUAUCAACACAAAUUUAACAGGUGGGUGGUAACCUUACAUUAAUUUGGAAGAAGGAACCUGGAAGGAUAAAAACACCUAUCAAAUCAGCAUGCAGGCCUGAGCUCUUUCUGGUGCCCAUUAUAAACUCCUCAACUGCAAGUAUGAUUUGGGUAUUUGCCAUUUAAUCAUCAUCUUCCAUAACGCUCCAUAUCAUCC